CCGGCCGCGUCAGUGGUUUUAAAGGCGAGGUGCCGCGCCGCGCCGCGGCUCAGUCGAGGUGCGCCUCCCGUAGAGUGCGUGCGUGUUUGCGUCCCGCGUCGUCGUCGUCGUCGUUGUUGUUGUUGUUUACGUGUCGGCGCGACCGUAGCGGGACCGGCUGGCUGCCAUGUCGCGCCGCCGGCGGUGCUAGGAGAGAGACACACUCCUCCCACACCUCGCGCGUCUGCCUGGACCUACCCACCCCCCUGCCGUCAUGGAGGGCGCAUCGCGCACCUGGCUGCUCGUGUUCCUGGCGCUCGCGUCCGCCUGCUCGCUGCGAGCUUCCGACUGGAGCGGGGACUGCGACGGGCCGGGACCCUGCCCCACGGCCGGGCCCGACGAGGCGCUCUGUCCACCCGACUCGGCGCCAGACUCCAACGGCACGUGCGCCUGCCUGGAAGAGCGCUGCGCCCGGCCCACCUGCAAGUACGGCGCCCGGCGCGAGCUGCGGCGCCGGGGCUCCGGCCUGCCGGGCGACUGCUGCGACGUCUACGAGUGCGUCUCCCCCAGAGAGCGCAACUGCAGCGGGGUGUGGUGUCCCGAUGAGAAGCUGGACUGCCCGCGCGACAGCUACCGGCUGCCCAGCCACCGGGCCCCGGGCGACUGCUGCUCCGUGCCGCAGGGCUGCCAGUGCCUCCCGGCGCCCUGCCCCAUCGCCAGCUGCGCCCCGGGCCAGCACGCCAACGUGGUGCGGCUGGGGAACGGCCGCCCGGGCACCUGCUGCCCGCUCUUCGAGUGCGUGCCCAAAGACGCGGACGAGGGCUGCAUCACCGAGGCGGGGCUGGCUGUGGCAAACGGCUCCAGCUGGUGGAAGGACGAGUGCACGCAGUGCUCGUGUGACGCCGGGAAGAUGCUGUGCGCCGUGACGCACUGCCCCGAGGCGCCGGCGUCUUGCAGCGAGGUCCGCAAGAUGCCCAAUGAGUGCUGCCCCGUCUGCGUGUCAGCGGACCUGGCGGAGGGCGAGGCAGCCGGCCAGGCGCCCCACGGCUGCGUGUCCUCCCGGGGGCAGAUCCUGCGCAGCGGCGACUCCUGGCAGGAGGACCCCUGCACUUCGUGCGUGUGCGCCGGCGGGCGGAACAAGUGCCAGGCCUACAUGUGCGAGGUGUCGUGCGACAACCCCGACUACGUGCCGGACGAGUGCUGCCCCCUCUGCAACUCGACGUCGGUGGUGGUCGUUCCGCCCCACUGCCCGGCCCUCAACAACUGCUCCCUCAAGUGUCUGCAGGGCUUCGUGAGGGACGCCGCGGGCUGCUUCCAGUGCCGCUGUGAGGCAGAGGAGUGCGUGCUGGACUGCCGGCACGGCUACGAGCGCGACGGCCUCGGCAACAAGCUGUGCCAGUGCGCCGCCGCGCCGCCGACCCCUCCGGCCUGCCCGCCGCUCGCCGGCUGCCACAGGAGCUGCCCCCACGGCUACCGCGCGGGCAAGGACGGCUGCCCCGCCUGCCGCUGCAGCCAGUGCCGCCAGCUGACGGACUGCGCCAAGACGUGCGUGCACGGCCUGCGCACCAACGACCGCGGCUGCGCCAUCUGCAAGUGCCGCGCAUCUGCCAAGAGUCCAGUAGACAUCUCGCCUACAACUCACAUAUCAUACUCUCCCUGUGUAUCUUCUGACGGGCGCGCGCACGACGAGGGCGAGACGUGGUUCGACGGCUGCCGCGAGUGCUACUGCCACGGCGGCCUGGAGAUGUGCAACCUGAUCGCCUGCCCCGCGCCCAACUGCUCGGAGCCGGCCCUGGACGCGGGGAGCGGGGACUGCUGCCCGCGCUGCGCCGGGGAGGAACAGCAGGCCCCGGCGGCGGCCGUCAUGGUCUGCCAGUCGGUGGACGGGGCCUACCGCGUGGAGGGCGAGUCCUGGCAGCUGGACCCCUGCACGCGCUGCCUCUGCCACGCGGGGCGCGUGCUGUGCGAGACCCGGCGCUGCCCCCCGGCGCCGUGCGAGCGCCCGGAGACGGCCGCCGGCUGCUGCCCGAGCUGCCCGCCGGUCUCCCGGGACCCCGCCCCCGAGGGCUGCGGCGAGGGCCGCCCCCACGGCGCCGCCUGGCGCGACGGCGCCUGCCGCAGCUGCGAGUGCGUGGCCGGGCGCGUGCGCUGCUUCGGCCAGGCCUGCCCGCCGGCCGCCUGCCCCCGGCCCCUGCUGCUCAAGAACCACUGCUGCCCCGUGUGUCUGGACGGCGGCGCGCCGCAGGUGUGCGAGGUCGGCGGCAACACCACCUACCUGGAGGGGGAGAGCUGGAGCGAGGGGCCGUGCCUGCACUGCGUCUGUGCCGGGGGCGCGCGCUCGUGCAAGAGGGUGGCGUGCCAACGCCCGUGCCCGGACCCCGCUGACCCCUGCUGCCUCGGCUGCCCAGGGGAGGACGGCGCGGCAGCGCGCGGGCUCUCGGACGUGGCCUACAUCGCCGUGAUCUCCCUGCUGUGCUGCGUGAUCGCGUGCCUGGCGCUGUACAUCUGGUGCGGCUGCCGCCGGCGCCGGCGCCGCCUGCAGCUGGGGGGCACCUGCUCGGGCCCCCCCGCCUACAGCGGCUUCCCGCACCCCCGGGACCACGCCCUCGCGCUUCCCCCGCGCUACGUCGCCGCCGAGCGCCACUACCGCUACAAGACUGUGCCCGUCAUCCGGUCCCCGUCGAUCCGCUCCACCGAGAAGUCUGCCCUGGCGCCCAUCUAGGCCGGCCGCCCCUCCCGGGAGACUGCCCUCGCCAGACUUGCCGCGAGCAGCAAGCCUGUUGGCCGACGGGCAGCAGGCCGGUGUGUCCGGACGCAAUUUUAUUUAUUGGGGAAAAAAAAAAACAUUGAUCGCCUCUUCCAGUUAUUUUUUUUUUAAGAUAACGUGUUCAAUUUUUUUUUCUAUUGGCAUCAUGUGUACAUAAACAUGUCAGAUUUAAUUCUAGAGGUAUGAAAACUGUUGAGCAUGUUUUUUUUUUUUUUUUUUUUUUCGAGGGAACACAAGUAUUAUUUAUGUUUUGGAUGGUUCGUUCGAGACAAUUAAUGAACUAGGCUAUUUUGUUUUAUAACCGAACUGUACAUAUGAAAGAACCAACCAUAUCUGGGGCUAUGUAUGCGAUAAAGGAGAAAUAAUGCUAUUUUGACAGUCGAAACCUGAAACUUUGUAGAAGAGGAAUCUAAAUGGGGGCCAUGAAAAUUUUUUUCGAGCAAUGUUUGAUUAGAAAGGUUUCUGGCAUGCGUAGGUAUGUAAUUUUUUGCUGCAGUACAUAACACGUCUGUCUGUAAAAGAUGUUGGAGUGUCUGUAAUAUAAACUCAUCUUAGUGUCUAAGUUAUACGUGUAACCAGCUGUAAAGCAUUGGGCAUAAUGCUAGUACAAACAACUUUGUUCUAUUGGAUUCGAAAUAACAUUUUUUGGAAAAUUCGUUAACAGUCAGGUUAUAUCAUAAACUACAUCUGGUAAAAAAAAUUUCAACUAUUUCACAUUCGGUAAUUUAUGUCAAUGUGUGUACGUGUACGCUAGAUUCAAAUAUGCUGCUGUACAUAAAGCAACCACCAUUUUCAUUCCAGAGCUACGCGCUGUGACACGUCUUUCCUCAUCGGCUGUCUGCAAUUGGUGGAGAUGUAUGUUAACAUACCUGCGAAGCCUAGAUUUAUCGUGCAUGAUUAUGAAUUUAAUCAAAUCUUCCAGAUAUCGUGAUUAAAUUUCACUCUGUGGUAACUGGCUGGAGUUUCGCUACAUUCUCCGACAGUUUAUUAAAAAUAAAAACAAAUAUUUCUUAAAUGAGUUAUGUAUAUACAAAUGUUAUUCCUGUGUGUGUGUAUAUAUAUAGUGAUGAGAGUAUGUAAAUCAUAAUUUAUCACUGGUAUCCGUCGUUCAUAGUCAUAAAUGAUUAUGCCCGGUCGAUUACUUAAAUGUUCGAUCGAGGGAGGCAUGGACAUUAAAAAAAAAAAAAAAACAUUUUGUUUUAUUGUUUCCAGUGAUAAGAAUAAUUUAUAAUUGGUGGUUUGAAAGAUGUGUUGUGACAAUAUGUGAGGUCAGCCUCGUGUGAAAUGACUGGAGAGAUAGUGUUGUUGGUAAAGACAGUCGUAGAAGUGGACUGUUUUCGUCGAGCGACACGGUUGACUGCCGAGAGCUCGGUUCGAGCGGCUGCAAGUCUGCGCAUGCGUCGUCGCGGCUCCUCGCGCGGCGCGGAUCUUGCGGAACAAUGGACGGACAGUCGCUCGCCUGAGGAAUUCAAAUCGAACACUGGUAGUUUUCAAAUUUGGAGGGUCAAGGAAGCUUAGAUUCACAUGUAUUCAGUGUGAUUUAACCAGUUGAUCCAUGUUUGUUUAUUUAUUUAUUUUUUUGUAAUUUUGAAGAUCUGUGAUGAUUAAAAUCUUUAGUGAUUAAAAA